AUGCCAAGUUUCAAAUUAAGUGAAAUAAUUGAAUUAACUAUAAGUGAAAAUAUUGUUCCACCAUUACCAUUUAAAAUGAAAGCUAUUUCUGAUUUUAUGGAAAUAAGUCCAUAUGCACCAAGUGCACUUGCUGAACAAUGUUUAAUAUGGAUGAAAAAAUAUAAGAAUAAAGAAGCUGAUCAAAUGCAAAUGUUUAAUGUGUUAUGUUUAAUGGAUUAUGUGUGUAAAAGGAAUGUAUCUUUUAGAUAUCAUCUAAAAGACUUUAGUAUUAUUCAUUAUUUUGAAUUUCUAGCAAAAGUCAAGAAAAUGGAUAAAAAUUACUCAAAUUCAGUUGUUAAUAAAGCAAGAUCAUUAAUAAAAAAAUGGGGAGAAAAAUAUAAUGAACUUAUUGAAAUGAAAGCAAUUUAUAUAAAAUAUACAGAAAAUGUAAAAAUGAAUGAAGGAAGUAUUAAUAACAUUACAAAUGUUCCAAAAGAACUUAUUGAAUUAAAACCUCAAAUAGAAAAAAGUAUUUUAGAAUGUGAAAAAGUAAAUGGAAUAAAUACCAAUUUAUUAUCUUUACUUGAAGAAAUAAGAAGUCUUUUAUUACAAUUUAAACGAGGAUUACUAUUAUUAAAUGGAAAAUAUUUAGAAGAUCGUCAUGAAUAUAAGAAAUGUAUUGCAUUAUUGAAUAAACUUCAAACUUGUUAUGAGAAUCAAUUAAAGAAAAUUCAAGACGAAAAUGAGAAAACUCAAUUAAAAAGAAAAGAAGUUCCAAAAUUGAAAGGACUUGUUCUUAUUCCAACAUUUGUAGAAGAAAAAGAAAAACAAAGAAAAAAAAGAGAAAUAAAUCAUCCAUUAAUUUAUCAACCUCUAAGUGGAAAUACAACUCCUCGUUCAAAAAAAGAAGUUUCAUUAUUACCUUUGAAUCAAAAUGAAUUUCAUACCAGAAAAAGAGCAUCAACAAUAUCUGAUAUUUCAACAAAAAGUAAAAUAAAACCAAAUGAACCAUUAGAAGAUUUUGUUCUUUCAGAAAGUCAUAUCAAUUUAAAUUCUUUUAAAAGUAAAUGUUCUGAAUUAUUAAGUAUAGAGAAAAGUCCAUGA